CCUCUCCCUCUCCCCGCAAUAACUCCUCUUCUCUGGCUGCCCGCAUCUCCCCACCUGUUUUCCUCCCUUUCCCUUUCCCUUUCCCUCCCCUUCUCCUUCUUCUUCCUCCAUCCAUCUUCACCAUCUCUCCCCCCUUUGAUCUGUUCAAAAACCUCCUCCCCUUCUUUGCUUCUCUCUCUAGCAGUCGUCAUCUCAUCAAGAAAAACCCUACUUUCCUCGGCCCUCUUUUCUCUAGCACAGCAAACACAUCAUUAAGAGGAACAAGGACACAGUCCCAAGAGUCAAACCAGUCCACAGCUGCUGAGGUUGAACAAUCAAGCUCCUUGGUCUCGAAGGAAAGGAAGAAGAAACCCUAAUCUGGGGGUUUCUCUUGAUGUGAAAGAAAGAAGCUCUCAGAAAAGUUCUCCACACACAUAUAAACAUGCAUUGCAAGAUGGAGCUCCAUACCCGCGAAAGGUCCCCCGAUCUUGGCUAGCUACCUACCUCGAGCCUCUAAGCUUUUACUCACCAACCACACAAAGGAUUCUUGAGGAGCAAUAUAUAGUACAUUGGUGGCAAAGAUGUUCCAACCAAACAUGUUCGACAGCCCGCACAUCUUCGAGAUGACCUCGAAGGCGUUCGAGGCCGAGAUGGGCAAGUCGAGGGACUUGAUGGACGACUACGAGACCAAGUCGGGAACCGAGACCAUGGGCGGAGGAGCCGAUCCGUCGGGGGACGACCUCGACGGCAGCCCGACGCAGCCGCCGAACAAGAAGAAGCGGUACCACCGCCACACUCAGCGCCAAAUCCAAGAGAUGGAGGCCUUCUUCAAGGAGUGUCCUCAUCCGGACGACAAGCAGAGGAAAGAGCUGAGCAGGGAGUUAGGGUUGGAGCCGUUGCAAGUCAAGUUUUGGUUCCAGAACAAGCGCACUCAAAUGAAGGCACAACACGAGCGCCACGAGAACUCGAUCCUGAAGUCGGAGAACGACAAGCUCCGCGCCGAGAACAACCGCUACAAGGAAGCCCUAACCAACGCCUCCUGCCCUAACUGCGGCGGCCCCGCCGCCCUCGGCGAGAUGUCGUUCGACGAGCAGCACCUCAGGAUCGAGAACGCCCGCUUAAGAGAGGAGCCGAUCAACUCAUUCUCCUCCCACCUCUCCCCGCACCUACCCUCCCGCUCGUCGAUCGACUUCGGCGGGCAGCCAGCUGCCGGCGGCUUCGUGGGGGAGAUGUACGGUGCCGCCUCCGACCUGUUGAGGUCGGUGGCGGGCCCCACGGAGGCAGACAAGCCGAUGAUCGUCGAGCUGGCCGUGGCGGCGAUGGAGGAGCUCGUGAGGAUGGCUCAGUCAGGGGAGCCCUUGUGGGUCCCAGCGGCGGCGGCGGGCGGUGGAGAUCAUCAGUUUCUUCAUCAGGGAAGUAGUAGUAAUAUUGUCGGCGAGAUGCUGAACGAGGAGGAGUACUUGAGGACGUUCCCAAGAGGGAUUGGGCCGAAGCCGUUGGGCCUGAGGUCGGAGGCCUCGAGGGAGUCGGCUGUUGUGAUCAUGAACCAUGUUAAUCUCGUUGAGAUCUUGAUGGACGUGAACCAAUGGUCGACUGUGUUCUGUGGGAUUGUGUCUCGUGCCAUGACUUUGGAGGUGCUAUCGACCGGAGUUGCCGGGAACUACAAUGGCGCCUUGCAAGUGAUGACAGCUGAGUUCCAAGUUCCUUCACCGUUAGUCCCGACGAGGGAGAAUUACUUCGUGAGGUAUUGUAAGCAGCAGAGCGACGGAACAUGGGCAGUUGUCGACGUCUCAUUGGACAGCCUCCGCCCGAGCCCACUCUCCAAGAACAGAAGAAGGCCUUCCGGCUGCCUAAUCCAGGAACUACCAAACGGUUACUCCAAGGUGAUGUGGGUCGAACACAUCGAAGUCGACGACUCAUCGGUCCACAACAUCUACCGGCCGCUGGUCCACUCCGGUCUAGCCUUCGGGGCCAAAAGAUGGGUCGCCACGCUGGACCGGCAGUGCGAGCGGCUGGCCAGCUCCAUGGCCAUGAACAUUCCCGCUGGCGACCUCUGUGUGAUGACGGGGCCGGAAGGGAGGAAGAGCAUGCUGAAGCUGGCGGAGAGAAUGGUGAUGAGCUUCUGCACCGGCGUCGGCGCCUCCACGGCCCACGCCUGGACGACGCUGUCGCCGUCGGGGACCGACGACGUUCGUGUUAUGACGAGGAAGAGCAUGGACGAUCCCGGCAGGCCACCGGGGAUCGUCCUCAGCGCCGCCACUUCUUUCUGGAUCUCCGUUCCUCCUAAGAGGGUUUUCGAUUUCCUCAGGGACGAGAACCACCGCAGCGAGUGGGAUAUACUCUCCAAUGGCGGCCAAGUCCAAGAAAUUGCUCACAUAGCCAACGGGCGUGAUCCAGGAAACUGCGUCUCGUUGCUUCGAGUGAACAGCGCGAACUCGAGCCAGAGCAACAUGCUGAUACUGCAGGAGAGCAACGUUGACGCGACGGGGUCGUACGUGAUCUACGCGCCGGUGGAUAUCGCCGCCAUGAACCUCGUGAUUAGCGGCGGGGAUCCGGACUACGUGGCGCUGCUCCCUUCGGGGUUCGCGAUUCUCCCCGACGGGCCGACGGCGGCGGCGUUCAACCCUGCGGAAGGGAUCGUCGACGACGUGGGUUCCGGCGGGACUCUGCUCACCGUGGCGUUUCAGAUACUUGUGGAUUCGGUCCCCACGGCGAAGCUCUCGCUUGGGUCGGUGGCGACGGUGAAUAGUCUGAUCAAGUGCACGGUGGAGAGGAUCAAGGAGGCCGUCGCAGGGAAGACUGCGUGAAAUUAGGGGAUUGACUUUUGAGGAAGCUGAAGGAAGAAACGGGAAGAAGUCAAGAACGCACCUACGGUGAUCCUUUUGAUGAAUGUGGGAAAGAAGUCAAAGGGUUGUAGGUUCGGGUAUUGACUUUGGCCUAGCUUCGAAGAUUUGGAGGAAGAGAACAAAAGAGGGGAAGUUAUUUGAAGUGUAAAAGUGAAAGUUAUGAUGUUAUUAAUUAAUCUUUGUUCAUUGCUAUAUCGAUGAUGGAUUAUUGUGUUGUGUUAGAGAAGUAACUCUUUGCCCGUGGAGACUAGAGAUUAUCCUUUAAUUUUGGGUUUAGGGUUUUGAUUGAAUAGGGGUUGGUGUUUUAGCAUUUUGGAAAAUUAGUGAUUGUGUAUGUUAGAGGCUAAUGUUAGAACUCCCAAGUGUAUUUGUUUUUAGUUUUGCAACUUAUUAUGUCUAUUGAGCAAUUGUUCAUUUCAUUUUGUCAUCAACAUUUAACAUUUUACUUUAAGAGCUUUAACUAUGGACUAAUCAUA